UUCCGGGAACAUGGCAGCAGGCGACGGCAACUUCUGGCAAAGAGUAGAUGAACUACAACGAACUCUGUUAGAAAGUGAACGUAUUUCACAAUUACGCCACAAGUUUUUGUCUUCGCUAGAUAACUCAGCUGAAAAUCCACUGAAGCAAAAGAUUGACAGAUCCAGUAUCCUGAGAGCAAUAGAAGACUGCACUUUUCAGAUACUGACAGACAUCUGCCAUGGACAUCCACCAGUAUUAGUGUAUGAAGACAGAUCCUCAUGGGACAACACCAGCUUUUCAGAAGAAAUGGGUAUUAAAAUGAAACCUGCAGCUAAGAGUCGUACAACACGAUUUGAUAACCCAGUAUCUUUACCAAAAUUUGCACUUACUUUGAAGCUGAUGUCUAUGAUCCACCUAUUGGUAAAGACCAAUACAUACUCAACCAAAAGGGACAUGUACUAUCAAGAUACACAGCUAUUUGGGACACAGUCCGUUGUAGAUGAAAUAAUUGACAACAUAUCUUGUAUGUUGAAGGUCCCAAGGUGGUGCCUUAAGGUGUUGGCUACUUCCAAAGGUUCCAUAGCUGGGGACUUGACAUUCAAUGAAGCAGAUGGUAAUUUUGUGGAUUGCAGUUUGUCUUCAGCAGGUGUUCCUGUCCCUUCCCAUGUCCAUGGUUUGUAUAAUUUGUGUACAACUGCCAAGUUUGUGUUGGUUGUUGAAAAAGAUGCUACUUUCCAAAAACUCCUUGAUGAUGGCAUCUGCAGAACUCUAGCACCUUGCAUAAUGGUGACUGGUAAAGGUUUUCCUGAUUUAAACACAAGGUUAAUGGUGCGAAAACUCUGGGACACAUUCCAUUUGCCUACAUUUGUCUUUGUGGACGGAGAUCCUCAUGGUAUGGAGAUAAUGUGUGUGUAUAAAUUUGGAUCUAAGGCUCUUUCCUUCGAGGCCCAUAACUUGACUGUCCCGUCUGUUAUGUGGAUAGGAAUAUUGCCUUCAGAUAUUCACAGACUUCAGAUUCCUCAGAAUAUGUUAAUUCCCCUGAAGAAGUCUGAUUUUGACAAAGCUAGAGAUCUGUCAAAAAGACCUUACUUCCAGGCUCAACAAGCGUGGAAGAGAGAGCUUGAGCUGCUGGUAGCUAUGGGAGUGAAGGCAGAAAUCCAAUGUCUGACUAGCCUGUCUCCAACCUUCCUAUCAGAAGUCUACCUUCCUAACAAAAUCCGGUUUGGAGGAUGGAUCUAAAUAUAGGGAACCCCACACCAAGUCAUCAGCAUUCAAAAUGCAGUAUACAAGUUGUGACCAGAGCAAUCCUUGCUGUUACCUUUAUUUCACCCUUAAUAUACAUUUUUUUAGAUACAAAUAAUUUAUCCAGGUGUCUGAAUAUAUUGUGAUUUCUCCUGUCUGUCCAUGGCGUCGCCACUGCUAUUGCUUUUCUUCACUGUCGCUAGUUGAAAUGUGCCUGAUUUAGGUAACAUUUGCUGGGAUAUUUUAACCACAAAAAUUUAGCCCAGUACAUGUAUCUAAAUAAGGUUUCUGAUUAGAUUUUACACUUUUUAUUGCAUGUUGGAUAUGUAUGUGACCCAUUUGCCCUCAGACAACCAGGUCAUGUGGUGAGGAGGCUAUAUCAGUAAAGUGCAAGUUUCAUAAGACGUUUCUGUACGAUAAGAUGAAGGUCGGUUAUGAAAAUCGGCAUCAUCAGAUAAAAUCAAGUGUUUUACUGUGCUUGAUACUUUUAUGUGUUCUCUUUCCCUCCCUCCCUACAUUUACAUUUGGGAAAGGUGUUGACAGAAUUUUAAACAGGAGAGAUACCUAAGUUGCCUCAGGUAACCUACUUUUAACAGUAUUUCAUGCAGUCUUAAAAUUCUUAUGUUCGUUAAGUUUUCCUUUGAUAGCUUUGGCUAAAACAGAACGCGUUAGAUUUUAAAUGAUACCUACGCCUUGCUUAUGCUUUCAAAUUUUUUUGUUAUUUGCCAUUUAAGGAAUUUAAGAUUGCGCUUUCUUGCGUUGUGUCAUUGUUCACUUUGUAACUUGCCAACUUCUUCUUUUUUAAAGAAGUGUUUUUCAGACAUUGUUAUCAGCCUUAUAUAAACGCUGGGUCUGUGCCAAAUUUUGUGUCGUGUUGCCAUAUAAAUGAAGUGCUCAUUCUCACAUAAACUGAAAAGUUUCAUAUUUUAACGUACUACAUAGAACAGAUAUGAAUUUUAAAAAGGCGUUGCCUUGCGUAAAAUUUGCGGUUACCCGCACACAUUCCUUGUCAUACUUUAACUUCAGGUAAUAGAUCAGACCUUAUUAACAAAGGUUUGUUUCUAUGAAAAUAAA